AGUAUAUAGAGCAAUAAACACUAAUUUUCUUAUAAUAUAGCAGCCAUCUGAUUAAUCGAACGAAUGAUAUAUUUGCAUUAGAGACGGCAAUAGAGUAUAUCGCUGUUGAGGAUUCGGAACCACCGCUCUAUCUUUCUCUCUCACAAAAAUUCUACCGUGUUUGAACUUUGAACUUUUGAAGCCAAAUUUUGCACAGUGCCUUGCAGUUACACUCUCUGCAACUCAAAUUCCAUUCCCCAUUUCACAAUUUUGCUUUACCUUUGACCUCAAACUGUUCCCAAUUUCUUCAAAGGUAAGCAAAAUUUCCCCAAAUCCCUUCCCCAAUUUAGGGUUUUUUGAGAAUUUCAAUGUGUAGUAGUAGUUUCUGAGCAUGAUUGAAUUGAAUUAGCCUUCUGGGUCAACUUGCAUUGCUGUUUUGAAUCUUCAAUUUUUCAAUUUUAAUUCUAUUUUUCAUGUUAUGGGUAAUGUUGAAAUCCCUAAUUGGCUUGAGGGGUUGCCACUGGCACCUGAAUUUCGACCUACUGAUACUGAAUUUUCUGACCCAAUUGCUUAUAUUUCAAAGAUUGAGAAAGAAGCUAGUAAUUUUGGGAUAUGCAAGAUUAUUCCACCUUUGCCCAAACCUUCAAAAAAAUAUGUUUUUUCUAAUUUGAAUAAGUCCCUCUUGAAGCGUCCUGAAUUGGGUCUAGAUAAUAGUUCUUUAGGUGUUGGUAAUUCUUGGAAAAUGGGUGCCGAUGGUAGUAACGGUGGGGUAUCGCGGGCCGUGUUUACCACAAGGCAACAAGAAGUGGGGCAGAAUGUUAAAAAAACCAAAGGGGGAGUUCAGAAGCCACUGUCAUGUGUUCAUAAGCAAGUGUGGCAAAGUGGAGAGGUUUAUACAUUGGAACAGUUUGAGGCAAAAUCGAAGUCUUUUGCUAGAAGCAUUCUAGGUACGUCGAAGGACGUUUCUCCACUGGUUGUAGAGGCUAUGUUUUGGAAGGCAGCUUCGGAGAAGCCUAUAUAUGUGGAGUAUGCCAAUGACGUGCCUGGCUCUGCUUUUGGGGAAUCACAGGGUCAAUUUUAUCAUAGUCAUAGAAGGCAACGAAAAAGGACUUAUUAUAAGAGUAGAGUAGAUAGCUCCGUUUGUAAAGAAACUGAAAUGGGUGGUGUAAAAGAUACACAAAAUGAUGAGUCUAAUGGCGUUACUGCCCCAAGUAAUGGGGAGUCAUGUUUAGAGAUGUCUAAAUCAGCUACAACUAUGUCAACGUCUACACCAAUUGAGGUGUCGCAGUCUUCUAAGGAGAAGAGUUCAGAUGCCGACAAUGAUUUGCAAGGCACUGCUGGUUGGAAACUUUCAAAUAGUCCUUGGAAUUUGCAAGUUGUUGCUCGCGCUUCAGGCUCACUAACACGUUUCAUGCCAGACGAUAUUCCCGGUGUUACUUCACCUAUGAUAUACAUUGGCAUGUUGUUCAGUUGGUUUGCCUGGCAUGUAGAGGAUCAUGAGCUUCACAGCUUGAAUUUUCAUCACACUGGCUCAUCUAAGACUUGGUAUUCUGUUCCUGGAAAUUAUGCCUUUGCUUUUGAGGAAGUCAUCCGUACAGAGGGUUAUGGUGGUGAUAUUGAUCAAUUAGCUGCUUUGAAACUUUUGGGCGAGAAAACAACUCUUUUAUCACCUGAGGUAGUUGUUGCAUCUGGGAUUCCUUGUUGCAGGUUAGUACAGAACCCUGGUGAAUUUGUGGUGACUUUUCCAAGAGCUUAUCAUGUAGGAUUCAGCCAUGGUUUUAACUGCGGGGAAGCUGCUAACUUGGCAACUCCACGAUGGCUUGGCAUAGCUAAAGAAGCUGCAGUGCGUAGAGCUACAAUGAAUCAUCUUCCUAUGCUUUCCCAUCAGCAACUACUUUACUUGCUGACCAUGUCUUUUAUUUCAAGUGUGCCAAGAACACUGUUACCCGGUGUGCGCAGUUCUCGUCUGAGAGACCGUCAGAAAGAAGAAAGAGAGAUUCUAGUUAAACGGGCUUUUAUAGAAGAUAUGCUGCAGGAAAACAAGCUGCUAUCCAUUCUUCUCGGAAAAGAAGCUACUAAACAGGUUGUUUUAUGGAAUGCUGAUUUACUACCAGAUUCUGGCAAAUAUCGCCGAUUGCCUGAUUUAGCUUCUACUUCUGGGACCUAUAUGGCCGACAUGUCAAAUGAUAAUAUUAGUUCUGCAGAUAAGAGUAGCCAUUCUCUGCUUGAUGAGAUGAGUUUGUACAUGGAGAAUCUGUCCGAUUUAUAUGUUGGUUGUGAUGAACUUCCAUGUCACUUCCAAACCGAUUCAGGAGCAUUAGCUUGUGUGGGUUGUGGAAUACUUGGUUUUCCAUUUAUGACACUGAUACAGCCAACUGAAAAAUCGAUAAUGGAACUUCUUCCUGAUAAUCAUCAUCUAGUUAAAGAUUCCUCUCUGAUCUCUGUAGCCUCCCUUCACAGUGCAGUCUCAAGGGAUCUUUCUGUUUCUGAACUUGUGCUGGCAAAGGAUUCGCAGAAUCAGUCAUUGAACAAGUGCAAUAAAUAUUGGAACACCUCCAGUAAAUUUUUGAAGCCGCGAAUUUUCUGCUUGGAGCAUGCUGUUCAGAUAGUAGAGAUGUUGCAAAGCAAAGGUGGAGCCAAUGUGCUUAUAAUUUGUCAUUCAGACUAUCCGAAAAUAAAGGCACAUGCCAGGGCAGUUGCAGAAGAUAUACAAAGUGCUUUUGAUCAUAAUGAGGUUCCAAUGGAUAUUGCAUCCCCAGAAAAUUUGGCUCUGAUAGAUCUGGCAAUUGAUGGUGAAGAAGAACUUAAUGAAUUUGAAGAUUGGACAUCUAAACUAGGCCUUAACCUGCGAUUUUGUGUCAAUAAUAUAAACAAAUCUUCAUGUAAACAAUUUCCUCUGACACUAGCAUUAGGGAUGCAGUUCUAUGAUAAACGUCCCGGUUUAUCUUUAAAUUGGCAUUCAAGGAAAACUCGGUCUAAAAGGUCAAACCGUUUAGCUCAGGCUAAACCUGACAGCAUUCAGAGAAAGACGGAUGAUCCAUUGCAUGGAAGAAUAGAUGGCUCCACUGCUAAAAAGAAGCUAAUUCAAUAUUCAAGAAGGAAGUUCAAGUCAAAGCAAAGUUGUUUCUCUGAAGCAAGCACAAUCCGUGAAUCCCAUGAAAAGUUAAAAAAUGCGUCAGCUGUUUUGAGUGGCGAUCAUGACACAUGUGUUUCUAAAGAUGAGCUUGACACAGACAAUUUCAGGAGUAAUUGUGCAUUGUCACAUGGCUCUGCUUCUGCUGCAAUGUCUCCAACGCAUCCUGAAAUCCAGAAUGCUGAAGCUCCCAUCUGUCCAAGCUUAAAUACCAGUGUCUCAGAAAUAUGUGGCAAAGAGAGCCAAGAUUGUCAGGACAGAGGAUAUUCUGGCUCACUUACAUAUGGAAUAGACGGAAAUGUUGAUGUGUUUGGAAGCAACCAAAUUACAGAAGCAAUUGUCAUUGAUAGCAAGUGUAAUAGCUUAGAUUUGGAUGGUGAAGGGUAUCAUGAACAUCAGUCUGCGUGCAAAAGCAACAGCAACGGUGAAGCUGUUUUAUCUACUUCAUUGGUAAACCAGCCUGCUCUCGCCACUGCAGAUGGAAGUUUUGAAAGUCCAAAGAAUAAUGACGCUGAAGAGAAAGUUAGCCAUUCUAUGUCAUUAAAAGAGACAACUGAGGGAGAAAGUAAGCCUUCGAAUGAAAUGGACAGGGUACCUCUAAAUGAUGAUAAAGCAAUAAGUGAACACACUCCUAUUGCAGAUGUUUGUGAAAUUCCAGGAAAGCUUUAUGAUGCUGCAGACUUCCAUAAUACAGUAUGCUUGGAUGCUACGAUGCAGCAAGAACUGCAGGUUGGAAAAGGUGGUGAUAAGGAAAUAAUUCAGUCCACUCAUAUUUCAGAAAAAGAAUUGUGUGAAUCUACAAGUGGGGAAUAUGCCAAGGAGUUGCACGAUGAAGUGAUUUUAGAGUCUGCAAAGCAGAUUCAGAUCCAAAAUGAGAAUAGAACUAAUGAGGAGCCUGUUUCUAGUGAUAUUACAAAAGGUGUAAGUGUAACAAUACCAGAAAUAGGAUGUUCUGAAGUUUUGGCAGAAACCUGCCCUAAAGAAGACUCCUGUAUUCAAUUUAUUUCGAAUGCAGAAAAGGAAAUGGAAAUCCAACCAAUUUGUAGAAGUGAUGAGGAACUUUCUGUAUCAAUCCAGGAAUGUUCUAAAACCGAGAAAAAGACACGUGGUAGAGAAAACGAAUAUGGAAGCGAAGUUGAUCUGUCACAAGAUAAUGGAGAGCUGGAAAGCUAUGACUUGACUACUACGGUUCCCAGAUCAAAUGCUGAAAAGAAAAAAAAGAGGAAAAUGGAACACAUGGCAAUGGACCAAUUUGAGUUCAAUGACUUUAUAAGAAGUCCAUGUGAGAGACUGAGGCCAAGAACUGGGAAGAUUGCCUGUGCCACCACAGGCAAAACUGGAGGGGACAUCAGCCAACAAAAAGAGGAAAAUCCGGUAGCUAAAAGGACACGGAAGCCUCCUGAAGCUUCAGUUCCUCACAAGGAUAAAAAAGCUUCAGUUCCUCACAAGGAUAAAAAAGUCGAUGUCAAAAAGCCGCACAAGUGUGACAUUGAUAAUUGCCAUAUGAGUUUCCCGACUAAGGCUGAACUACAGUUGCAUAAACGUAACAUGUGCCCAGAAAAAGGGUGUGGUAAGAGGAAGUUCCGUUCCCACAAAUACACACUGAUUCACCAGCGCGUUCAUGAGGAUGAUAGGCCCUUUGAAUGUCCAUGGAAAGGCUGUUCCAAGUGUUUCAAGUGGGCAUGGGCAAUGACAGAGCAUAUAAGGGUGCAUACUGGGGAGAAGCCUUAUCAAUGCAAGGUGGAGGGAUGCGACCUUUCUUUCAGAUUUAUAUCAGAUUUUAGCAGGCACAGGCGGAAAACAGGACACUAUGUGUAAUCUCCUGCUUCAAACAUUCACUUUGAAUUUUUUUUUUGCCUGUAACAUGUGCAUAUAUGUGAUUAGAUUUGAGGCAAUAAUAGAUGUCUGACCAUAAAGCAUUCUGGUCUGACCAUAAGCUGUAAAGUUAGGAUAUCAUGGUUGUAGAAGCUCAACAUAUCCAAUUUAUUUGGAAGUGAUUAAAGUUGGUAAGGUAAGAGAAUUUUGAUCAUUUGGAUUUGGGGUUUAUUAGAGGGUGCUGCAGCAUGUUGGUUGGUCAUAUCUGAUAUCUCUACUGGCUUAGUUACUUUUUCUGUUGAUUGUCUCAUUGUCUGUACUUUUGAUGCAGUUGCUAGGUCUUUGAAUCUUUAUUGAUAGCUGCUCAUUGUUGCUGUAUAAUACUGCACUGUAUUAAUUUCAUUUGUUACUAUAUUAAAGGGGGACAAGAAAGAUGAGAGUAAGAAACAAAAGACAUGUGCUCUCAAUGUACUAUAUACUUUCUAUGAAUUCCUCUUGGCUAGUUCAUUCAUUGGUUAAAA